AGGGGGGGUCGAGUUAAGUAAUAUGCUUUUGUAACUGCCAUUCUCCUCAAAGGAAAUACAGCAAAACAAAGACGACAGACCAUUCUGUUUUGUUUUACGGAUAUUCUAAUGUGAUUCGUGACUGUUUAGUAGUAAAAGAGGGCGUUUCCACGUUGGAUUUGUGUUCCCUCCCCCUCUUCUCUGUGACGGCGUGGGAUCCUCCGUCUCUGCAGUCUGAACGUGAUGAACCGGCGUGGACGCUCGCGGAUUCCGCUAGUGUUCGUGCGUUUCGUUUGAAAUGUUUCGCGCUGUUUGGGAUUUUAUAAAAAGACCUCAAGACGGACAAAUGCAAGAAUACAUGAUGUCAUCACUUUGAAAGUAAUUCUGGGAGCGUCCUUUGGCGUGUUCGUGUUUAUUAUAGGAUUCACGAAGUAAAGGAGAAAAUGACCAACGCUGACAGUUGAAUCUCAAACGCACCGACUCUGAGUGAGCUGGACGCGGGCCGUCCCGUAAUCCCCGCUUGUCGGGUUCAGGGACUAUGGGCGAUGGGGGCAUCGGUGUGGGGGUGAAUCAGUCCCAUGUGCUGUUUGACCGCUUCGUCCAGGCCACCACCUGCAAAGGCACUCUCAAGGCUUUUCAAGAUCUUUGUGACUUCCUGGAACUCAAGCCCAAUGAAUACCGCGUGUUCUACCACAAACUCAAGUCCAAGCUCAACUACUGGAAAGCCAAAGCUCUCUGGGCCAAGUUAGACAAGCGUGCCAGCCACAAGGAAUACAAAAAAGGAAGGGCCUGUGCCAAUUCUAAGUGUCUGAUCAUCGGAGCUGGGCCAUGUGGUUUACGUACCGCCAUAGAGCUGGGCUUUUUGGGAGCCAAGGUGGUUUUGCUGGAGAAAAGGGACGCGUUUUCCCGAAACAACGUGCUCCAUCUUUGGCCUUUCACUAUUCAGGAUCUGAGGGGUCUCGGAGCCAAGAAGUUCUAUGGCAAGUUCUGCGCUGGAGCCAUCGACCAUAUCAGUAUUCGACAGUUGCAGCUGAUGCUUUUGAAGGUUGCUCUUCUCCUGGGCAUUGAGAUUCACGUCAAUGUGGAAUUCAAAGGCCUCAUUGAGCCGCCAGAAGACCAAGAGAAUGAGAGAAUCGGGUGGAGAGCUGAUGUUCACCCCAAAACACAUCCAGUUAAUGAGCUGGAGUUUGAUGUCAUCAUCGGAGCUGAUGGGAGGAGAAACACACUGUCAGGGUUCAAGAGGAAGGAGUUCAGGGGCAAACUGGCUAUUGCCAUUACAGCCAACUUCAUCAACCGCAACACGACAGCAGAAGCAAAGGUGGAGGAGAUCAGUGGAGUCGCCUUCAUCUUCAACCAGAAGUUCUUUCAGGACCUCCGAGAAGCCACAGGGAUUGACCUGGAAAACAUUGUCUACUACAAGGAUGACACACACUACUUUGUAAUGACAGCCAAAAAGCAAAGUCUGCUGGAGAAAGGAGUCAUCCUACACGACUACGCAGACACAGAGAUGCUGCUCUCCAGGGCGAAUGUUGACCAGAAGGCUUUGCUCUCUUACGCCAGAGAGGCGGCCGAUUUCUCCACCAACCACCAGCUUCCUACGCUGGACUUUGCCAUCAACCACUACGGCCAACCUGAUGUUGCCAUGUUUGACUUCACCUGCAUGUACGCCUCAGAAAAUGCGGCACUGGUCCGCCAGUGCAAUGGGCAUAAGCUACUGGUGGCAUUGGUGGGAGACAGUCUUCUAGAGCCAUUCUGGCCAAUGGGCACUGGAAUAGCGAGAGGAUUCUUGGCAGGGAUGGAUACAGCGUGGAUGGUGCGGAGUUGGGCUCAGGGAAACACUUCUUUGGAAGUGCUGGCUGAACGGGAAAGUAUCUAUCGCCUGCUUCCUCAAACAACGCCUGAGAACGUGAGUAAGAACUUCGGUCAGUACAGCGUUGAUCCAGCCACACGAUACCCAAACAUCAGCCUCCACCAAGUGAGACCGAACCAGGUGCGACAUCUCUUAGACACCGGAGAGACCAGGGAUUUGCACAUUGACAUGGAGAAUGUGGUCAACUCUUCAACCCCUAAACUCUCAAGAAACGAACUUCUACUUGAGAAGCAUUUGCAAGAAUCCAUCGUGCGCUCCAGUAAGCUGCUGAACUGGUGUCAGAGGCAGACGGAGGGCUGCAGGGGUGUCAGCGUGUCUGAUCUCACCACGUCCUGGAAGAGCGGUCUGGCCCUGUGCGCGCUCAUCCACCGAUACAGGCCAGACCUCAUUGACUUUGACUCUCUGGAUGAGAAAGAUGUGGAGAAGAACAACCAGUUGGCUUUUGAUGUGGCUGAAAGAGAGUUUGGGAUUUCUCCCAUCAUGACCGGGAAGGAGAUGUCUGUUGUGGUGGAGCCUGACAAGCUCUCAAUGGUGAUGUACCUCAGCCAGUUCUACGAGAUGUUCAAGGACACGGUGCCACCUGUUGAAAAUCACAACCUGAGUCCUGAGGAGAAGGCAGCGUUGUUUGCCAGCACUAAAUCACCCAUCUCAUUCCUCAGUAAACUGGGCCAAAGCAUCGCCAUCUCACGUAAACGAAACCCAAAGGACAAAAAGGAAAAGGAAUUGGAUGGAUUGGGGAAAAGAAGAAAGACCAGCCAGGCAGGACAAUCAGAGGAUGGUGAGAUGCUGAGCAUUCCUCUAGACGACAGGCCCACUUUAUCGACAGCCCUGACAGAACGUAAAAUCGAGUCUUCUGCAGCAGCUCACAACAACAACAGAGUGAAAUCGAUGGCCACACAGCUGCUAGCGAAGUUUGAAGAGAACGCUCCGGCACAAUCUACUGGACUGAAGAGACAGGGACAUUACAUGCCCAACCUGGGGCUCCUCAUGACCCCGUCUGCGACCCCUCCGUCUCUGAAAGAGUCUGUGCAUCUUGGCCCGGUCCCGGCAUGGAGGAAGAGGCGAACACAGUUACAGGAGCAGAUGAGUUUCCGUUAUAAGGAAAGACUGAAGUGUCAAACUCUGCCCAGCAGACAAGAGCAGGCCAGCGGUGGUUCUGAAGUCUUGAGGAGCUGCCCUAAAGAAACCAUUCUCCUCUCUUCCUCCUCACCUUCAUCUUCAUUCUCUUCAUCAUUUCUUCUGCAUGCGCAGAAUAAUGUUGGUCAAUUAGGAUUCAACAAAUGUGAUGAUGAUGAUGAUGAUGAUGAUGAAGAGAACAUGACCCAAGAUAUCCUUCCACUCUAUUACAGGGAAGCUGUACAAGAAUUAGAGCCAAUACACAUCCCUAGCAUUCAAGAGCGAGCUGAGACGCUAACCGCUAAGUUUACAAGCAAACCUGCGAGGAAGAGCAAGCCACAGGUGAUGAAAAAGCCAUCUCGGUUCUUUAUUGAGCGAUGGCUUUUGACUCACAGCUUCAGUCCUGAGCGACCCCGUCUGACCUCUGACCCCCAGCAUCAGGAGAGGGAGAUUUCGCGAUCUGAUGACCAUGUGCCUUUACGCAUCCCCAGCGUUCAGGAGAGAGCAGAGAGGUUAGCUUCUCAGUUCAAAGACAAACCAGCAAAACCAAAGUCUAAGAGAAAGCCGUCACACUUCUUCAUAGAGCAGUGGAACAGAGCAUGUGAUGUGAGCUCUGAUCUCCCGCGGUUCUCACCCGGCUCUGUCCGGCAGCAGUGUGUAGCGAUGCACACAGGGGGCGUGAGCUCACUGGCUGAGCAAAUAGCCAAUCAGCUUCAGGCUCAGGACGACCCCAGGCCCCUUCUUGGGAAAAGGGAUUUGGGUUCCUUGCGUAAGGAGUUUCCUCAGAACCUCGGCGGCAGUGACGUGUGUUUCUUCUGUCGGAAGCGUGUUUACGUGAUGGAGCGUCUCAGCGCGGAGGGAAAGUUCUUCCAUCGCAGCUGCUUCAAAUGCGACUACUGCGGGACGACCCUCCGUCUGUCCUCGUACGCCUUCGACUUGGAGGACGGGAAGUUUUACUGUAAACCGCACUACUGCUACCGACAGUCUGGACUGGCACAGCGGAAACGGCCUGCACCCGCUCCAGCUCCUGUAAACCCGAAGGAGCCCCAGGUGUCGGCUGUAAGCCCCAACACAGUGGACGCCGCUGGCCAAGCCGUGACCCCUCAAGCCCCUGUGGAACACCGGCCCUCAGGGUCAGAGGUGAACGGGGUUGUGGAGCCCAGCGUGGCCAAGCGUCUGAAAGGGACUCCAGAAAGAAUCGAGCUGGAGAACUACCGUCUGUCUAUGAUGAGAGAGGAGGAGCUAGAGGAGGUGCCGGAAGAGACUCUUGCCGAACACAACCUCAGCAGUGUGCAGAACAAAGUAUCCGACGUGGGGGAGGGAUCCAGUAGCUCAGAGUCUGAUAUGGAGGAAGAGGACGAAGAACUAGAAGUGGCUGGCCCGUCUGAUCUGGGUGGAGUGCCCUGGAAGGAGGCGGUGGAGCUUCACACUCACCUGAAAGGAGGAAGUCACCCUGGAGCCGCAGAAGACGAUGAUGCUCUCGGAGACAUGGAGGAGGAUGAAGAGGAAUAUGAGGAAGAUGAAGACGAUGAUGAGGAGGAGGAAGAUGAGUCAAGUGAUGCGGGAGAGUAUUUCCCCUGGCAAAGAGAGCUUCAGUCAGGUCUUUGGCUGGAGAAUCUCACAGAUGAAGAGGAUACGGGUAGAUUUAAAGCCAGAAACCUGCAGAUCCAGCAAUCCAUACAGCCAGUGGACCCGAUGGACAUUCAGAUGAACAGCCACUGGACCCCCGUACAGACCGAAGGCGUGAAGGACGCCACCUUUGUGUCGCCCUCAGGCUCUCAGCCCUCGCUCAACACCCAAAUCACCCAUCCCACCUCCUCCACAGCCCCUUCCCACAAGUCCAUGCGUCACGAGGCAGUCAGAGCCUGGUUGGAUUCAUUAUCUGGAGAUCCCUGUGAAGAGGAGGAUGACCCGGAAGCAGAGGCAGAGAGUCCUGACAUGGAGCCGGGCAUGGAAUUAGAUCAAGAGGACAUUCCUUCAGACGCCGAGGCUGAAGCUCGUUCCCACUGUUUAGAUGAAGGGGCGACGCUUCCAGGGGAAAAAAGCCAACCAGAGUGCCAGGGACAAGUUUCCAUAACUGAGAAAACCUUUGCAGCUCCAAGGGAACUGAUUGUUGACGUUGUGCUAUCUCCUAUCCAAAAACCUGCUUUACCCAUUGAGGAGUUGAAAGAGUCUUCUCCUGUAAUAUUGGUGAAAUCUCCAGGGGAACGUUUCUUCCCUGAGCCCAAUUUACCCGAAGAUGUCAAGCCAAACGCUCCACCGCCACAGACUACUGAUGAUAAAAGUCCCCUUUUUCCUGUCGCUCAAAUUCUCGCGACAUCCCCAAUCUGCUCCCAGCCUGUUCCACACCCAGAUACAGUGUCUCCCAAAUCUCCUGUCCAGCCCCAGCCAUGUGCCUGUUCUCCAGCAGGUAAUCCUUUGUCUCCAAUCUGUGCCCAGUCACAACCCUGCCACGAGCCGACCUCACCCCUCAUCACAAGCUCCCCAGUCAGGACUCAGCCGGUCCCGGCCAUCACAUCCACUCCUUUAGCUAAACCUGCUUCUGAGAAGAGAACUGAGGAACCUUUGAGUGCUCCAAAAGAUUCAGAGGCAACGCCUAUAAAGAAGACAGACCUCAUUGAGGAGUUCUGGAUGAAGAGCGCGGAGAUCCGAAAGAGCUUAGGACUCACUCCUCUCGACAGAAGCCAAACAACAGCAGAGAAGAGCAUUGUGAAAGCUCUAACCCUUGAAUCACCUUCGCCCAAGUCUUAUACCCCAGAGGACUUCUCUGAAGAACAGAAGCCAACCUUCACAGGUCGAUCAAUCAUACGUAGGAUCAACAUUACUUUGGAAGGACAGGUCAUAUCUCCCGUUGAACCCAAGAGUAAUUGUUCGGAUAAGAAGGACUUGAGCAGCAGUUCAGGAUUGGGUCUAAAUGGAAGCGUGACCACCAGUCAGACUGCAGCUAGUGAUAGCUACAACAACUCUGACUCCACCAUGCUCACCCCUCCAUCCAGCCCUCCUCCACUUCCACCCAAUGAGGAGCCGGCUGCCCUCAAGAACAACAAGCCUCAUGUUUCUUGGGACAACCUCCUGGAAGCAACCGAGGAGCCCAAAUCUGAGACUGCACCCACGAAACCGAAGACUCAAGUCAGUCCUCCUCAACCAAGACCUGUCACGGCCCCAGUGGCGGCUCCUCGAGCUAACCCACCUGUUGUGAUGAGGGUAAAAGAACCAAAUAAACCACGCAGGGAGGAAGUGAGGAAGUCUUUUGUGGAGUGCAUAGAUGAGAUACCAUUUGCUGAUGACGUGGAAGACACGUACGACGACCGCACCCCUGAUACAAGUGCUCUGGAAAAGUUUUACACACCACCGACAAGCAAGGUCAGCAGGGAAAAACCACCUUUCCACCUGGCAUUGGCAAUGGAAAACGGCAAGCCCAACAUUCCUGGAGGUGUGUCCCGGACAGCAAAGGGUUCUCAACAGUUCUCAGCAGAAGCCAAGGAAAUUGCAGAAGAGCGGAUAAGGGCACGGGAAAAGUCUGUGAAGAGCCAAGCUCUGAAAGUCGCCAUGGCCCAUCAGCUCACUAAGAUGAAAGAAUCAGAGGCUGCCAAGGGCACUGUGGCAAAAGUUGCCUGGAACGUUACAGAGGCAACAGGGAAAAAUGAAAAGCAUUCAAAAGCCCCCAAGGACUCUGCUGUAAAAGCCUUGGAGUCCAAAAAGCAGACGGAUGUGCUCCCUGAUCGUGUCUUUACCUCUCCGGUCAAUAAGACCUUGGACAGUUCGGUCACUUCUUCAGAGAGCUCCACUGGGGGCAAAAGCAAGAAACGCAGCUCACUUUUUUCUCCACGUAAGAACAAAAAGGAAAAGAAAGCCAAAAAUGAAAGUAGACUCUCUGGCACUGAAAAGACACCACCCAAGCACAAGUCUCUAUGGAAGGCGGUCUUUUCUGGGUACAAGAAAGACAAAAAGAAGAAAGAUGACAAGUCGUGUCCAAGCACACCCUCAAGCUCUACAACUGUAGAUUCAGGGAAGAAAAAAGAUCCUUCUCUGGACAGGUCCUCAGAUUUACGUUUGCGAAGAAAUCUCAGCUUUUCCGAGGACUCUGAUCUCUCCUGUGAUGAUGUUCUGGAAAGAUCUUCUCAGAAGUCCAAGGCUGAUUCUGUUUAUGUACCUCAUGCAUUGGCGUUCAAGAGGUCGUAUGCUACAAAGAAGACGUACACGGAGGAGGAACUCAAUGCCAAACUGACUAAGAGAGUGCAGAAAGCAGCACGGAGGCAAGCCAAACAAGAGGAGCUCAAGAGGCUCCACAGAGCCCAGAUCAUUCAGAGGCAGCUGGAGCAGGUGGAGGAGAAACAGAGGCAGUUAGAAGAGCGAGGGGUCGCCGUGGAGAAAGCGCUGCGAGGAGAAGCAGGCCUGUAUAAAGGUUCUAGUGUUAGUCCAAAACAGCGUAAGAGACACUCAGACUAUUGGGGAGAGUCUAAUUACAGUGAGAUCCUGGAUUUGCAUCUGGGCGUUGAGCCCUAUGUCGGGACCCCUCGCCGAAGAGCCCUGUACCUCUGCCCCUGCUGUGCCCCUGAAGGAAUGGGUAAAAAGGACGAUCCGAAGCUGAUGCAGGAAUGGUUUAAACUGGUUCAGGAGAAGAAUGCUUUGGUGCGCUAUGAGUCGGAGCUGAUGAUAUUUGCUCGUGAGCUGGAGUUGGAGGACAGACAGAGUCGACUACAGCAGGAUCUGAGGGAACGUAUGGCGGUUGAAGACCAUCUAAAGACCGAGGAGGAGCUGGCAGAAGAGAAGCAGAUCUUGAAUGAGAUGUUGGAGGUGGUGGAGCAGAGAGAUUCUCUGGUGGCACUCCUGGAGGAGCAGAGGCUGAGAGAGAAGGAGGAGGAUAAAGAUCUGGAGGCCGUGAUGCUUUCCAGGGGUUUCAACCUGAACUGGGCCUAACAUAUCAAAGACAGAAUGUGCCCUUUUUAUCCCCCCCCCCGGGUCACGGUUCGGAUCGCCAGUGUAAAGAUUGCAGAACGGGCACGCCGACAGCGUUUACAAAUCCACUCGCGAGCACGUCGAUGAUGUUUACGAGUUCACGACCCUCAGCAGCCCAGGCAUGGGUUCUCUCGAUCAGUUUGGAGAUUUUUUUAUUGGGGUGUGUUUGUUAAUUCGAUUGGUUUUUUCCACAGUUUUUGGGUUUCAAAAAGGGCCGUAUUCCUGCUGAUGUCGAGGACGUCUGAGACUAAUGGAUCCUACACAAACUGAUCAAUCAACGGAUUUAGACUUGAUUUACUACAACGUUUUUCCACAUCCACUACUGGCUGAAAAUAAGAACGGCUAAUAUAUGCGUGCUGUCGUUUUCUUCAGUUCCCGUUUAACAUAAUAAACUCGAACCAUCAAUGAUUAUUUAUUAGGUGUGCUUCACAGAUAAGCAUGCGAUGAACCCUCAGUAUUUAACACAUAUCUUCAGUUUGUAGCAGUGUAAACACUUUUUUCAAUCUGUCUGUAGCCACCUAAUAAUAUUAGAGAUAUUGCUGUAAACUGGGAGCGAAACAACAUACUUAAUGUUUCUUUAAUUAUGUUAGAAGUGCAUAACUCACUUCACCAUUGAUACUUAGAAGACUGACUGGUUCCCCUUCGGAAAUAUAUCCCAAAAACAGGUUGCAUUCAUUUAUAAUCCAUUAAUAUCUGCUACUUGUACUGUAGUUACAUAAAGCAGUGGAGUAUAUAUUAGUAUGUAAACUUGCUCAAUACAGAUUGUUCAUCAGAAUAUAUGUAUAUAUGUAUACACGAUACACAUUGAUAUACAAUCAGAUGCAUUUUGUUGGUUGGUCAGUAGUUUUACGAACAAAUAAGGUACCCACGUCAUUUUCACAUCGGAUCAAAUGAAGAACAACGUUUUCACAUAUGAAUUAUUCUUCACCAAAGUUUGGUGUUAUAAACUGUCCACUGUCUUCAGAUUUCAAGCAACAUGCCUUUUUAACUUGUCAUGCAUCCGUAGAGUUUUCUUAAGUUUGUAGAGUGAGUUUUUAUUUAUAAUUGUCUUUGUAAAAUCAUUUUAUAUCACGUGUUUUAACAACGCCAACUGACAUCAUUGCUGAUUAACAGUGGGUGCUCUCGAGUCAUGCUCGUUUCAGAACAGAUGAACAUGUUUGCCUUUUCUCCUAAGUGUACAUUUCAUUUGAGUCACCAUUAAAGAUGGGCACACAUUUCUUUCUUUCUUUGUAAGUACAGAUAACUGUGAAUGAAAACGUACACAUUGUCAACACUAGUUAUUUAGAUUGUAAAACGUUUGACAGAUUUUAUGGUAUUUAUUAACAUGUGUGAAAAUUGUAGUAUAUGUAUAAAAAUAUGGAUCCUAAUUUCUUUUUUUUUAAAUAUGUUGUUCGCUCUUGAAAAUGCUUCAACUUGCUAAUUUGCAUAUAGGGUGUUGGAUGUAUGCAGUGGCAAUAAACAAUGCAGUUGUUACAAAUGAAGGUGGAUUUAUUUC